GUCUACCACCCGCAGUACCUGGUCAACGUGGACCUUCCCCACUCCCUCUCUCCUCCCUCCCCCUAUGUACAGCGUCCAGCCCCCCUCAACAAAAUGGCUCUCUCUACGUGGUCAAUAUACGAUGAGCCUUCACUGAAUUAUGGUUCACGCUCAAGUGCGUCCUCUUCCCUUCUCCUGGUGACGCUUGUGUGUUUGCCUAUGUAAGAUUGGCGGGAAACUCCUCCAUGCCUCAACCUCACCCAAAAGUAAGGAGAAAACAAUAAAUGAGAGAAAAAACAAAUUAUGCCACCAUUUCCACAGAUCUCUUGUCUUCAUGUGCCAGCUAUCAAUGCUACAAUGCUCCAAUCGAAUGCUAACUCUCUACUACCUCAACAAUCCGUGAUGUUGGUGAUCGAUGACUUUUCGCCAAGGUCUUCUCAUUUCAUCUCUCUUCUUCUUCUGGAUCGUCUUUGUUGGUUGGUGGAACACACUGCGGGAGACAGAGAGAGUGGGUUGAGGGGAGGAACUCUGGGGAGCUACUGGAAGCAGCUGGUCACCAUAGCAACCAGCUCAAUCUUCAUGUUUGUCUACGAGUUCUGUGAGAGAGGUAUCCAAACAGUGUUCCCAUUCUACAGUCUUUGGAGCACCUCAUUUGGAGAAACUGUGGCUUACUUGUUUGUGGGUGUGGCCACGUUGUCGGGCGUGGUCUACCUGGUGAUGUUUGUUGUGAUGGUUGCCAGGGCCUACCGUCACCUUAGAGACAGGCAGACCAACAUCUCCCACCUCUCACCUCAAGCACAGAAGACGGCACAGGCUGUGUUCUCACAGUGGAAGUGUUUCCUGUUGCUAACGGCAACCGUUGCUGUGACGAGCAUAUCGACUGUCAUCCUACCGUCUGAGGCUCUGGUCUACCAGUGGCAGCAUCACAAGAAUACCUACUCUAUUUAUACUGCCCUUGUGCUUGGUAACUAUGGACUGUGGAAUGCAUACACCUUGGUUACCGCUUUUCUCCACGCUCCAUCACCAACUGUUGCUAAGAAACAAGAUUCUUCUGCUGAUAAUGAAACUGCCGAGAAAAUGCUGACAAAGCAGUCAGUUGAAUAAGAAGUUUAACCCUCUUGUGACCCGCUCACACUCCAGCUAAACCCAAUGAAAAACAUGUAGUACCAUUUUCAUUCAUUUAGCCAUUGCAAAUCACUUUUUCUUUUCAUAAUAGUGACAAUAUUAUUCUGAAAACACGAUUGGAAACACGUUCCCAAUUUAGAUGGGACCCUAGAAAGAGAAAAUUUUCAGCGGGUGAUAAAUAAAAAAUAUUGGUUAGCUGACAGAGUUACGUAAGUGUCUGUGAGGUGUCUCUCUAAGAGGAAUUAGUUCUUCUGAGGGAGAUUUCCUUAUGGUUGUUGGUUUGUCUUUGAUGCAGAAGGCCACCAGGAGAGCUAGGAAGACGGGGAAUGCUCCGAUUAGGAAUGGGAUGCCAAGAAAUAGCCGGUUCUCCUUGUCAAGAUGAGGGAUCGAGGCAGCAGUGGUGUUGGUCUUAGCAGGAAUAUCAGUGGCCUGAGCCCCAGCUAGUGCAGGGUCAAUGUUGACACUGGAGU